CGCAACUGCAAACUGUUUUUGAAAAGAUGUCUGAAACAAACGUGGAGAGUAAAGUUGAGCGGGCAGCUAACAACAAAAGCGUCUCCCUCCCCAUGUCACGCGUAAGACUGAUAAUGAAGAGCUCUCCGGAUGUGUCCUGUAUUAACCAGGAGGCCCUUUUCCUGACGACGAAGGCAACGGAGCUUUUUGUUCAACAUUUGGCUCUGUCCUCGUACAAUAAUGGAUCUGGCAAAGACACAAACGCUCUGUCAUACAGUGAUCUGGCGAACACUGCAGAAGAGACAGAAACCUUCCAGUUUCUUACAGACAUUCUUCCAAAGAAAAUCUUGGCUAGGGAUUACCUUAAGUCCCUGCAGGAAUUGGAGGAAGAUGAAGACAACUGACAUUCCAGGCAACACAUAAACAGGCAUUACAAGGAUCUGUUACUUCUGCAUCAUUCUUAGUGCAUAGCAUGACAUGAACAGGUACAAAAACAGCUCAUUCCACACAACAGAGGGUGGUGGAUAAAAUUCAUGACUGUAUGAUUUACACUUCUUGACAUCCUGCGUGUUUGAGUGGUUCCAUUUGUUUCCCUCUACUGAUCCACCCAAGUUGUCAUUUUCUUACUGGCCUAAUCACAGAAACAUCAAAAGGCACACUGCACAAUAGUUAUUCCAUCGCCACAAAGCUACCUGUAGCCUAAAUGCAGAAGAGGUGUACCCAGUUUCAGGGAUGCGUUGUGCAAGAUAAAAUACUGAGAGAAAGUGUUGGAAUUGUUUCUGUUGUAUGUCUUAACAAGGUUCUUUGAGAAACUGCACAUUCACUGAUAUAGUCCAUUACUUUAUGCAUAUCUAGUCAAAGCUGGCUCAAGUUCCUGAGUCACAGCUGCUUUGGAAGUAGUGCUGCUCAGGGCAUAAACAAUCUGUGUGUGUUUGAAGGGGCAUUACACUGGCACUUUUCCAAGUGACUGUUUUUGUCACUACUAAGGAAAAAAAAGUGUAUUGAUGUCAAUGUGUGCACUGUACAAGUGAAAUAAAUUGAUAUUUUGUAAGAAUU